AUGCUUUCCAGGCUGGUCACAGGUUUACGCACAGUGAGCUUUGCUCGCUCUUUUGCUUCAUCAUCAAUAAUAAGACAAUCGGAACUAGUUAAACCAAUAGACAGUUCCGGUAAGGAGAUUGUUUCAGGAGCACCAAAGGACUUGGUGACAAGUAGAGUGGUGAGGAUAUACCAAGAAGCUAAGCCAGCUACACAGUCAGGCCAUCACAAUGGUGACCACUGGAAAUUGGACUGGGACGUUUUAGGAAAGGGCAAUAGAUGGGAGAAUGAUUUGAUUGGUUACCAAGGAUCAUCCGACUACAUGCAAGGUACCAUUAUGAAGUUUGACACUAAAGAAGCAGCAAUCAGAUUUGCAGAGAACCAAGGCUGGGACCACUACAUCCAGGAACCUAAAAAGAGACAUUUCAGAAAGAAAGAGUACUCUGCAAACUUUUACCACUCUGCUGGCCCAUUAAAACACAUUAGAACAAAGUAA